AUGAUACCCUUUUUCAAACGCAUGUUUCGCAAGAAAUUCUCGAAAGUUCCAACACCACCAAAAUGGCGACCAGAGAACACAUCCCACUCAGCCACAACCUCAUCAACUCACGGUUAUAUAGCCGAUAAAUGGGAAAUCUUAAUGGGUCAAACCCAUUGGGAAAACCUACUCCAACCACUCGAUAAACACCUAAGACAAACCAUCAUCCACUACGGAGAAAUGUCACAAGCAAGUUACGACACUUUUAUCCGCGAAAAAUACUCCAAACACGCCGGUAGAAGCCGAUAUUCCGAGAAACAAUUCUUCUCAAAACUGGGUCUUGUACUAGGUCACCCCUACAAAUAUAAAGUAACUAAAUUUUUUUAUGCAACUUCAGGGAUAGAAGUUCCGGAUGCGUUUAUUUUUAAGUCAUUGUCAUUGGAAGCGUGGAGUAAGGAUACCAAUUUUAUGGGGUAUGUUGCGGUGGCGGAUGAUGAGUCUGUGGGCUUGUUGGGUAGAAGGGAUAUUGUGGUUUCAUGGAGGGGGAGUGUUGAGUUUUUAGAGUGGUUGAAUGAUUUUCGGUUUUUGCAAGUUUCGGCUGGUGAUAUUUUAGGGCGUGAUUAUGAUCAUGGUCAGGAUGGUGAAGCUGAGGUGCAUCAGGGCUGGUUUUCUAUUUAUACUACAGAGAAUCUUUCAUCUCCUUUUGAAAAGACUAGUGCAAGAGAACAGGUAUUAACAGAGCUUACAAGGCUAGUGGAGCAAUACAAGAACGAAGAAAUAAGCAUAACAAUCACAGGCCAUAGCCUUGGCGCAGCACUUGCAACACUAAACGCAGUCGAUAUAGUCGCAAAUAAAAUUAACCAACCAAAAAACUCUUCAAAUAACGCCAAACCAUGCAUGGUAACAGCCAUAUUAUUUGCUUGCCCUAGAGUUGGAGACACAAACUUCAAAAAAAUAGUCUCAAAAUACGAACACCUAAAAAUCUUACGUAUAAAAAACGCCCAAGAUGUCGUCCCAAACUACCCUUUAAUCGAUUAUUCCGAUGUCGGCGAGGAGCUAAUCAUCGACACGACUCAAUCUCCGUAUUUGAAGAAACCGGGGCUUCCGUCGGUUUCUCAUAAUCUUGAGGUUUAUAUGCAUGGAGUUGCGGGAACUCAAGGGAGUGAAGAAGGGUUUAAAUUGGUUGUUGAACGUGAUGUUGCUCUUUUAAAUAAGUUUUAUGAUAAUCUUAAGGAUGAUUAUCUUGUUCCUAUUGGUUGGUUUGCUGUUAAAUAUAAGGGUAUGGUUCAACAAGAUGAUGGGUCUUGGAUGUUGAUGGAUUGUGAAAUGGAUGAUGAUGAUACAUAA